UAGUAUGAAACCUGUCCCGCGAGAGCACAGCUAGCUAACAGAAGUUCCUGUUUGCUUAUGGACUAAAAGUCCCUUCCCAAUGGGGCAGCUGUCAACAUGGGUGUGUUGCGGCGUAAACUGUGACAACUAAAGCCAAGAUGAUGAACGACAUUUUGGAGGAGCCGGAGAAGGACUCCCUGCUGGAGGCACAGCAGGAUUCGCAGGGUUUGUCGGGGCCAAGUAGUGGCACAAGACCUAAGAGCAUAGAUGGCGGCAUCAGGCCUGUGGAAAAAAGAGGACCUUACAUCAUGUCCAGAGCGCCAGCCAUCCAUCUCAAACUACAGAAACACAGGGAGAUGGCGAGGAAAGCGCUGAAGAAGAAAGCUCUCUCACCGGGGCCUCCAGUGACGCACCAGCCCAGACAGGGAGCCAAGAGGAUGGUGAAAUAUAACAAGGGCUAUGCUGCUUUGAGUCAGCACGCUGAGGAUACUUUGGUUGCAAUUGACUCAGACAGUGAUGAGGAGAUUGAUUUUGAGCAGUAUUCCUCUGGAUACUCUUCAGCUGAGAUCCAUCCUGAUUUGAGCAAGCAGCUACUUCAGGAUGGCUAUCGCCUGGAUGAGAUCCCUGACGAUGAGGACCUGGACCUGAUUCCACCCAAAGCCAUGGGCUCCUCUGUGUGCUGCUGCUCUGAGGGCCCAUCCUGCCCCAUACAGUGAUGUCAGUGCAGUGACUCAAAUCUAACAAAGUCUUGGCUCCUGCUUCAGCUUACUUUAAUGACUGGUGCCUGACGCCUUCUUUGUCACGCAGCUCCACUGCUGCACUGCUAGAGGACUUCCAGCUCUAAAGCCAAACACCUCUUCAUGCAGGACUGCGUGCACUGAGAUUGCUCAACCCCCUUUGAAAAUGCAGGUGGACGUGAGAACAAGCCUUAUCCACUGUGACCCCAAAGCUUGACCUAUUUUUUUUUAUUUAUUCUUUUUUUCUUUUGUUUCUUAAAAAAAAUAGGACUGUGUGAAAUGCUAACUACACUACUGCUCCUAACAGAUUAAUUCAACAUUUAGGAUGAUGCCCUUGUUAACCCAAGGGUGAACUGGUUACUGUCUUUUGUAAUCAGGCAGUUACUUGUGCAACCCUCUAAGCAUGACAUGCAUACAGAUAUGCUAUACAGUCUUACUGUUUCAGCUCUUUGGUGAAUCUGCAUUACCCAGUUAUCAACCAACAGCUACAUGAAGUAAUUGUACCUUGUUUUAUCAAUGACAUUCCCAGAUCACUGAAGUAUUAACUAUUUUUUUUUCUUUAAAAUUACAUUUGAGUUUUAUUCCUAAAUGAAAUGGCCACCACAUAAAUAGUCAUGUCUCAACAAAAAUAACUACUUACAAUCUGAAAGAUAUAGUUUUUGAGUGGACUCAUUAAUAACACAAAUAAUCACUAUAAAAGGUCACUACGUUUUACAAGUUGUAAUUGAGAAAACUGCGACAAACCGAGGAGGACUAAGCCAUCAUCUCCUUAAAAAAAACAAAACAAAAAAAAGGUCAUUGGACAGGACUGGAUAAGGAGAAAGUGAAGCAUACUAGUAUUCUAGUUGGCAAAUGCCACACUGCUGUUUAAGGCACAGCUGUGAGCAGAUGGAAUAAAGUGCUUUGAUACAUUUAACUACAUUUGGACUUCAUAGAAGUCAUUAUGUGACAUUUGCAUUUCAGUUUUUUUUUAUUCGAUAUGCAUUAAGUAACAUGGUGUGGUUGAGAAAAAUUCAAAUAUGGAUUUAUGUUAAAAACUUUUGUGUUCAAAGAUGGAUAUGUAGCAUUUUGAUUUAGAGCCUCAUUCAGGGUAUGAUUCAACUAAGAGUUACUUUAUUUUAUUUAUAUAUAUAUAUAUAUUUGUCAUUAUUUGUUGAAGACACUAACUAUUGUGACACGAUAACAUGACAGCAGAUCACCAUUAGAAUCAAACUUUUAGUCCAGCCUUAUGUUAUUUUAUUAAGCUUAUACUAUAUGUUGGCCUCAUUUUCUGUGUUAUGUGUUGCUGAUGCCUACAUAAUGGACGCACUUAUGUACUGAAAAAAAUUAAACUGGAAGACAAUUUUUCUUUUUCCACUUUUAAAAAUGUAUGUGUUCACUGACAUGCUACAGCCUGGGUGAUAUUUUACUGUUAACUGUUUGAAACCGUAGUAAAAGGAAAAGAUGUUAAAUGUCAGAGUAAGUGGUAGUGAUCACUUCUCAGGAGAUUUAUUUGUGUGUAUGUGUGUGCAUGCGUGAGUGAUGGAUGGAUGGGUGGGUGUAUGAUCAUAAAUAGAAAUGAUUUGGUUUUCCACUUACAUUUACGAAAUAGAAAUUAGGAAACUGCACAACGAGUCAAGUGCAGGGAGGACAUGUGGCUGCUAUUUUUACUGAGAUACUGGCCACUCUGUUACUUCCUUUGCUGUGAUGUUAACUCUCAGUGGUGUGAAUAAAUGAUAUAGCAUACCACUUGAUCAACAUAACAAAUUGAGGACUGGAAAAGUGACAUUUUGUGCAAUGACAAAGUAGGAACCUUGGUUUGUACUUUACAAAGUUGGAAUCAGUUCCUUUUUUCCCCUUACACCUUUGCACUGUAAGGUGUUAGAAAAUCUUACCUUACUAGUAUUUGUCACGCACACCAUCUCCUCCCAGCACUACUUGGUUGUAAUGUGGUUGUUUAAGGAAUAAAAGCUGAUUCUACUAUAACACUUAAGUGUGAGUUACUCGAUACAGGUGUGAACUAAAUGCUUUAUAAUGGACCAGCUGAAUUUAUAGUGUAUUGACGCCGGCCCUGGCUCUGCACGUUCUUAUGUACAUACAAUUUUGCACUUAACACCAGUGGUCAGUAGCAAGUACACUUGACUCACCUGUACUAUGCAACUAUUGGGACAAUCUGUAUGGUGUACAUCCCUGUGAUGAGAUAGUGUUGUUGCGUGCAAAAUGCAAUAACAGGUUGUUUUUUUUUAUGAUGGUAAAUGCUAAUCUUUUUAUUUGAAUUGUAUUGUUAAUUGGUUUACAUUAAAAAAUAAAAAUCA